UAAUUUAGAUAAAUUGAGGUUAUGUUAUAUACACUAAGAAUUCUAUGUAUACACUUCUUGUUUCGUUUGUAAACAUACAUCUAUAUUCUUGUUUUAAAGAUUAUUAGUUAACCGAAAACCAAAGCAGACGCUACUAUAGACACAAAUCUCUCAAAACUGUGACUUUGUGCAACAAUCCAACAAACAUGAAAACCUCAGACUCUGACAAAGAAAACAACAACAGAAGAGCAUUGACCACAACCCAGGACCGAAAACUGUACUACCAAGAACUACUAAACAAAGUAGAAGACAUCAGCGAAAACGCAGAUCUUGGUUUAGAGACAGCCGAAGAAAUCGGCGAAAUCAUCAGCGAAACCAACGUCCUAGAAACGGAAUAUGACAUCAGCAAACGAUAUCAGUAUGCUGAAGAAACCCUUCUUGACUCCAUGGUGUUAUCAUCAGCCAGUGGAAUCCUAGUAAAGUGCAUAGAAUCCCUAGAUGUGAACGCUGAAAGCUACAUUCCGGCGGAAUUCGCCUCAAACAUCAUGUCUUAUUGCAACCAAGAUGGUGAAUUUGAAGCAGAUGAUCUGCUUAAGUUGUUACCAGAUGUAAAUCAUCUGAUUCCACAAGCGCCUGAGUAUAAUUUUGUCUAUGGAACGUAUGAUUUGUACAAUUUGCCACAGCCAAAGCAGAAGAAGGAACGUCAGAAGCAGCAAAAGGACAAGUUUGAGAGGAAAGUCCCGGAAAAAGUGACCAAUUUGCAGAGUGAGGAGCAAGGAAUUGAAGAAAUUAUUAAAGUGUUGUAUGAUGUUUUAACUGAAUGUUAUGAAAGAAAUAAUGAAGAGAGCAUUAAGUACUAUGACUACGUUAUAGACACUGAUAGUUUUACUAACACUGUGGACAAUAUUUUUCACUGCGCUUUUUUGAUUAGGGAAGGGCGGGCCCACCUUGAUUUAGAUAACAGAGGCACACCUUAUAUUAAACCUAUUAAAAAACGACAAUUGAAGCAAUUCCGUGAUGAAGGCGGCGUGAAUUCGCAGUUCAUUUCGGCGAUAACGGUGUCCGAAUGGGAGACGUUCAAGAAGGAGGGAUAUAUCCAAAAGUAUAAAAAUCGGAGACAAUAGUUGACAAUUUUAAUAUUUUAA